CUUCAAUCAAACUUGGACAAGAACUCUUCAGCACAUUUGCUGCAUCGAAUAAAGCAGAGCUCCUGCUCAGCAUAUGUAAAGUUUGUACUCAUUUGAUAAUACAAUAACGAAGAUGUAGAGACUAUGUAAGGGGUGUACGUGUGUGUGCUUGCAUUUGGUUUUUUCUUUCUCCUUUCCUUGCUUCUCCUUCACGACGACGACGAUGAUGAUGCAAGUACGACCAGAAAGCUAACCUAUUACAAAACCGCUCCAAGAUUUGCCGGGUUUGCAGUUAUAUAAAGGCCUGCCAUUUUCAAUGAUCCUUUUUUUUUGUAAAUUUACUUUUUACACUGACGCUUCCUUAAUAUCCAAACUUACACAUACAUACAAUGCGUACCUCAUUCACUACUUUGACCGUUGCUACCAUUUUGGCCUUGUCAGCUAUUGCUGACGCCGCACCAGGAGCAUUGAAGAUCAUGGCCAGAGACGACAGUCUUCCAGGAGGAUUAAGCGUCAAGUCUAUAGGAGAAGGAGGCGGUGUAGUUGCAAGUGUUGAAAAAACACUUGGCGGUGGUCCGAAACAAGGUGCUGGUGCUACCGAUGGUUCCCAGUCUGAUGGACAUAAUCCAGAGACGCCAACACAUGACGGAGAUGCAAGCCCCGAAUCCCCAGAAACUCCUGCCACUCCCCAUCACAGUGACCCAAACACCACCUAAAAUAAUCUGAUUCUGUUAAAUGUAUACGCACAUAAAAGACAAUUCUAUUGCCAAAUAAAUUUGAUCUGUAGUAUUGUUUGUUACUUCUCGAAACAAUUUCUCGUAUAUAAGAACAAGGGAAAAGGACUGGUCGUAGCUUACUUUCAGAUACAUUGUAUUGUAUCUUUAAGCGACAGUAGUUUUAUUAGUACUUAGUAGAACGCUGUUUUGCGAGAUUUUCUGUAUCAUAAUAGCAAACUUUUGGUGGCCAUCGGAAUGGUAACAGACGUUCACUGUAUGAAAUUGUAAUGUGAUUAUAUGAAAAAUCUUGGCG